AUGGCCCUUCCCAACGGCCAAUACACCGUCGGGUGGAUUUGUGCCCUCCAGACCGAGGAGACGGCUGCACGUCAAUUUCUGGACGAAAUCCACGGACGCCCCAACAAGGUUGAAAAGAAUGACACCAACCACUACGUUCUUGGGAAGAUGGCGGGCCAUAAUGUCGUUAUCGCAGUUUUGCCCGCUGGAUUGUACGGCACAAGCUCUGCGACGAGCGUGGCGCGAGACAUGGUCCACUCGUUCCCAAACGUUCGCAUCGGAUUGAUGGUAGGGAUCGGUGGCGGAGCUCCGAGUACAGCACAUGACAUCCGGCUGGGAGAUGUCGUCGUCAGCACGCCUGCAGGCCUUUCUGGCGGCGUCUUCCAAUAUGAUUUCGGAAAAACCAUCCAGGAGAGGAAGUUCCAACACACCGGCCACCUCAACCAUACACCCACUGUUCUUCUCGCAGCUGUUCAGGGCUUGGCGAGCAAGUUCGAAAGCGAUGGGAAUGGGAUCGCUGAACGCAUAGACGCGGUCCUUACCAAGAACAAACGGUUGCGCAAGAAGUAUGGACAACCGGACCCAGAGAGCGACAUACUUUACGCGUCUGGGUUCGUCCAUCCAAACGACGAAGGACAGCCACGUCAAAGCUGCAUCGCCGUAUGCGGUUUUGACUCUGACAAUCUGGUCGGCCGGCCGGACCGAAGCGAACGAGACGACAACCCCACCGUGUUUCAAGGAAUCAUUGCUUCGGCCAAUUCGCUCAUGAAGGAUGCGUUGAUACGGGACAAACUGGCUCGCGAGAAUGGGGUGCUUUGCUUUGAGAUGGAAGCGGCAGGCCUGAUGAACAACUUCCCAUGCUUAGUCGUUCGUGGAAUCUGCGACUACUCCGAUUCACACAAGAACGACGCAUGGCACGGUUAUGCCGCCAUGUCGGCUGCCGCAUACGCGAAGGAGCUGCUUUUGGAGAUUGCACCUACCAGGCUUGAGGCUCAGCAAAAGCUGGUCGACAGCAUUAAGAACAUUGAAGAAAGUAUCGGUGAAGUCAAGAACGUCACUACUGCAAUUCAGUCGACAGUGAAGGACAUAGACACAGAUCAGAAAUAUUCUCUUCUGAAAAUCUGGCUCAGACCAUGCGACCCUUCGACCAACCACCUUAGUGCUCGAAAUCAGUAUUUCACUGGCUCAGGCAGUUGGCUUUUACAACAGGACCCGCGAUUCGCUGAGUGGAUGGUGCAGCCUCACUCUUUCCUAUGGCUAUAUGGCCUCCCCGGGUGUGGCAAAACGGUUCUCAGUUCUACCAUUAUCGAGUCUCUCAGCGAGUCUCGCAUAUGUCUCUAUUUCUACUUCACAUUCCAAGAGCAUGAAAAGCUUUCACUUGACACGUUCUCGAACAUGCUGAAGCUGGGACAAGAAGUCUGGGUUGUGAUUGACGCUCUGGAUGAGUGUUCGACAAGGAAAGAUUCGGACAACACACAAGGGCUCAUCGCUUGGAUCAAAACCAUGGUGUCGUCGAAUCUCGACAAUCUCCAUUUCUUGGUAACAAGUCGCGAAGAAGAUGAUAUCCGGUCCGGGUUCAAGGACUUGUCUGAUGAAGGAGAAUUCAUCUCAAUUGAGGGCAAGGGCCUGGAGAUGGACAUCAAGGCCUAUGUCGAAGCCAAAAUAACGCAUAGUGAUGAGCUGAAGAGGUGGAGAAAGAUGCCAGAAGUCCAGCAAAAUAUUAAGACAAAGGUUCUGAAGAAGGCAAGUGGCAUGUUCCGAUACGUUGCGUGCCAAAUAAGAGACUUGGAAGUUUGCAUCGACCGUGAGUCUCUGUACAAUGCACUGGAAAAUUUACCGAAGGACUUGAAUGAAACCUACUCAAGAAUCAUGGAUCGAAUUCCAAUCGGUUACAGAUCAAAAACCAUCAGAGUUCUCCAGUUGCUAACCUACAGCGGGAGACCGCUUGGAGUCGAGGAACUGGUUGAUGCCAUUGCCGUAAAUCUCGACAAACCGACACCGUCCUUUGAUCCUCUUGAUCGGAUGCCAGAACCAACGGAGAUUGCGCGCUACUGUUCCAGCCUCACGAAAUUUGUCGUCAAAGAAGAUGAUCAAACGACGGAGCUUCACUUAGCACACUUCUCCGUCAAGGAGUAUCUGGUCUCAAGUCCUGAGCAUUCCCAGGACUUUAACGAAAUGAUGGCUCGUACCUUGAUCGCAAAAGUGUGCUUGUCUUACCUUCGGCAUGUGGAACCUGAUCUGCACGAUGUCAACGAGUUCAAGGCCAUGUUUCCAUUCGCUGAAUACAGCGCCAAGAACUGGAUGGAGAAUGCCGCUGCUACAGAAAAGCAGAAUGAAACGGUUUUUGAGAUGACCGUAGACUUCUUGAUGGAUUUCGACAAGACCUACUACAAGAACUGGACUUAUCUCCACCAGUACGGUAAACACGAGAAACACGACUCUCCAUUUUGGCAUGCAUGCAAUGCUGGUCUUAGCAUUCGCUGCCUCGAGCGUAUCCUCGAAGAUGGCAAGGAAAAGGGCAUAACCAUUGAGGGUGACGAAGAUACAGUUAUGGAGUACGGCUCUGGGGAGCCACUCAGGGCUGCGAGCGAAAGAGGACAUCUGGAGACCAUGCGGUUUUUGUUGGAGAAGGGCGUUGAGGUCGAGGACCAGCAUUUCUACCUUCCCUGCGAUCACGGAGACGAAGAAGCGGUGAAACUGCUUCUUGAGUACGGUGAGAUGAAUCCGUGGAACGAAUGGGGCCCUGAAGCAUUCGCCAGAGCUUGCUACAAUGGGCACUUAGGACUUGUCGAGCUUCUCAUCGAUCAGUGCUCAGAUUUCGUGAACAUUAGCCCAAGGUAUUUUGCACAGCCGCUCAUGGCUGCUUGUGAAGGUAGCCGUGAGAAGGUUGCAUUACUACUCCUCCAGCGUGGCGCUAAGGUGAUAGACGAAGACCAUGUACAAGGCGACUGGGAAGAUUUCGAGACAGCACUCGCAGCGGCCGCUGCGAGAGGUCUGGAAAGUGUUGUCAAAACAAUGGUCGAGGAUUAUUCUGCAGCCCCACGGUGGUACGAGUUCAGAAUCGCUGUUGAAAACGAGCAUGCGGGGAUCGUGCAGAUAAUGUGGGAUAGCGGGAGGCUUAAAAAGAAAGACCUCGUUCGUGCUUUCACUCUCGCUAUUGAAAAAGGCCAUGCAGGGAUUGUGGAAAUGCUGUGGGACAUUGGGAAGCUCAACAACGAUGACCUCGAUGGUGCUUUAUUUGAUGCAGCAAGAUCAGGACAUGAUUCCAUCGUCCUUCUAUUGUUAAAGCUUGGGGCGGACAUGGACUGGGCUAAAGAAGGCUCCGAAGUACAAUACGGCGGCUCGGAUGAAGAACUCCAGGAAGAUGAGGAAGAUGAGGAAGACCAGGAAGACCAGGAUGACCAGGAAGACCAGGAUGACCAGGAUGACCAGGAUGACCAGGAUGACCAGGAUGACCAGGAUGACCAGGA